UAAUCACAGAUUGCCAUCUUGUGCACCACAUGACCUCGUUGCCGUGUCCCGUGACCAGCUCACGUGAAUUUUGACAAAUUCAAACGUUUUUGGUAGAAAAAAAUGGAUAUUUUGGAGCAGCCCCUCGAACAACAGGAUGUCAGGUAGUGUUUAUGUUAAAUAUCGACUGGCUGAUAAUGCGAACACCUAUCCCUCCUGUUUCGCUCGAGGUCUCCUCAAGGUCAUCACGUAGUGCACAGUGCGCACUUACAAGACUUAGGACAACGGUCGUGGAACACUGUUAACGCGAAGGAUGACGGCGGCACGGGAAUUGUUAUUGAAGAAGCAGAAAUCGUUGAUUGCGAAGGGGAAACUGUUGGAGAAGAUGGGAUGCGCUAUCAAGAGACUCUAGCAUAUAGAGUGGUUCAAGUAAAUGGCACUACUGCUGGCAAUGAAAUAGAACUACCAGUUACCCAACCAGGGAAUAAUACUGUACAGGUCCUAACAUCCCCAUUAAAUGGCCAGUUUUAUGUUAUUGGAAAUGCUAAUGAUGUUUUCACCACUGCACAAACUUCUAGAUCGUUGGUUCCUAGAACUACUACUCUACAAAUAGAGACACCAAGAAAUUGUACCACCGUAUUGAAAAAGAGGGACGAUAGAAGAAGAGCAACUCACAAUGAAGUUGAACGCAGACGAAGAGAUAAAAUAAAUAAUUGGAUUGCAAAGUUAGGAAAAAUUAUCCCUGAAUGCAAUACUAGUGCAAAUGGUAAUGGUAGCGGCAGUGGUGAAGGCAAAGCAAAUUAUGAAACUCAGAGUAAAGGAGGAAUUUUAGCAAAGGCUUGUGAAUACAUAGGAGAAUUACGAGCUGCUAAUCAGGGAUUGGGGCAAUGCUUGCGCGACAAUGAAAAAUUACGGCAAGAAAUAACUGCAUUAAAGCAAUUAGUUGCGCAAUUGAAACGUGAGAAUCUUCAACUAAGGUCACAGAUAUCAUCCUCCUCCGCAGGAACCAAUGUCGAUGUCGUUCACUUGAGCCCUUAAAAAAAUCUUUAAUUUAUAACACAGUGCUUCUUUUGUAAAUAUUAGGAUAUGUAAACUGACUUCACUGUCAGAAGAAGUAUUUACUCUGAUAUUCGUCAUAUUUGAAUUACAUUUUCGAAAGUAAAUCGCGUGGUCGUACUGGUAUAGUCAUAACUACUGCACGUAUGUAUAUUUUUAUAUUCUGUUAAUAUUCUAAUCGUGUUAAACAGAGCGUGAUUUAUUUUACAUCAAAAUUAUACUUCGCUUUGGACGAAAUCGGAAUUCUUUCCACGUAAUUUAAUGAAUUAUUAUAUUUAUAUAAUUUAUAACUAGUUAUGACUAUUCCUCGCAGGACCUAUUAAAAAAUAUUUUCUUUCAAUGUGUGCAUAUGCAUUGGAUCGAAUUACCUCGUGUACGUGAACGAGCCAAGGCUGUGAAUAUUGAACAUUGAUUUGAAAUUUCUUGAACAUACAAUUUUAGGCAGCAUAGCCGAAGUUGAUUUAAAAGAAAAAUUUUUGUUGCAAUACGAAAAAAAAAUUGCGAUGCAUAAUACGGUGACUGAAUCUUUACAGAGAUCGUUAAAUAUUUUUUAUUUUUAAUACUGUUUUCACAAGUGUAGAGUAGGUACUUCAUAAAAUGA